AAAAAAGUUAAGGAAAAAGAAAAAUAUAUAUACAAAAGAAGGAAAAAAAGCUUCAGAUAUUCAUCAAUGGCGGUUCAUAGGUUUUCUAGGGUUCUGUGAUCGGCAAUUACUUUAGAGCUUCAAUGGAAAUGCCUGGGAGAAGAUCCAAUUACUCUCUACUUAGCCAGUAUCCCGACGACCAGUUCUCGGUGUCCAUACAGGGAGCUCCGCCUCCGUAUUACAAUUCGGUUUCAAGUGAAGCCGCGAGUAGCAAGAACAAAGUGAAAUUGGAGAGAGGUUUAACUGAUUGGGAUCAGAGUCAGAGUCAAAACCACGCCCAGCUACAAGCAAAUCGAAUCGGUGGCGGCGGCGGGGGAGGAGGAGGGAAUACUUUUGCUUCGUCGAUCGGUCUUCAACGGCAAUCAAGCGGGAGUAGCUUCGGUGAGAGCUCUUUAUCGGGAGAUUAUUAUGUGCCGACCCUUUCUACGACGGCUGCUAACGAGAUUGAUGCGUUUGCUUAUGGUCAUGAUGGGAGCUCUGGGCUUGUGGAUUUGAGAAAAAGAAUUGGGGGUUCGUCGUCGGGGAAAAGCUGGGCGCAGCAAACGGAGGAGAGUUAUCAGUUACAGCUGGCGUUAGCUUUGAGACUUUCUUUGGAAGCUACCUGUGCUGAUGACCCAAAUUUUUUGGGUCCGGUUUCGGGUGAUUCGGCAACAACUAGCUCCAGCUCUGCUGAGAUAGUUUCCCAUCGGUUCUGGGUGAGUGGCUGCUUAUCAUAUUUCGAAAAGGUUCCUGAUGGGUUUUAUUUAAUUCAUGGAGUUAAUCCAUAUGUCUGGACUAUGUGCUCUGAUCUGCAUGAGCAUGGGCGAAUUCCAUCAAUCGACUCUCUAAGAUCUGUUGAUCGUGCGGUUGGUUCACCACUAGAAGUGAUACUGGUUGACCGAAGAAGUGAUCUCGGCAUAAAGGAACUCCAAAAUAGAGUCUAUAACAUUUCUCGUAGCUGCAUAACCACAAAAGAAGUUGUUGAGGAGUUAGCACAGCUUGUCUGCUGCCGCAUGGGGGGUUCAUCUACAAAGGAAGAGGAUGACUUGGUUUCAUAUUGGAGGGACUGCAGUGAUGAUUUAAAAGAGUGCUUAGGUUCAGUUGUGGUUCCCAUGGGUAGCCUGUCUGCUGGCCUUUGCAGACAUCGAGCUUUACUUUUCAAAGUGUUAGCUGACACAAUUGAUCUGCCAUGUCGAAUUGCAAAAGGAUGCAAAUAUUGCAAAAGAGAUGAUGCUUCCUCUUGCCUUGUUCGCUUUGGGAUUGACAGGGAGUAUCUUGUUGAUCUAAUUGGGUACCCAGGUUACCUAUGCGAGCCCGAUUCCUUGCUCAAUGGUCCUUCUUCCAUCUCAAUUUCUUCCCCAUUGCGCUUUCCACAUCUCAAACCAGCUAUACCUGCCACUGAUUUCAGGUCAUUGGCCAAACAGUACUUUUCAGACUGUGAAUCACUUAAUCUUGUAUUUGAUGAUGCUACAACAGGUAUUCUUAUGGAUGAAGAGAAGAAACUUGGUAACAUUGGCACAUACAGAAAUAACCAUGUGCAGAUCUCAAGUAAUAUGAAUGAUAUCUCCCAGUUACCCCUACGUAAUAGUGCUAAGCCACCUGCUCCUGAUAGAGAUUCCCAGUAUUCACAGUGUAUAGUAAGCUCAAAGAACAUCAUUGGAGAUCCUUUAAAGCACAUCCCUCCUCUAGGGCAUAGAGAUAUCCCAGAUCUAGUCUUGGCUAAGGGUAAUCAACUUGUUCCUGGCCAAAGAAGUAGAGAACUUGCCCUUGACGUUGAUGAUUUGAACAUUCCAUGGAGUGAUCUUGUUUUAAAAGAGAGAAUUGGUUCUGGUUCUUUUGGAACUGUUCAUCGGGCCGAAUGGAAUGGCUCUGAUGUUGCCGUGAAAAUUCUCAUGGAGCAGGAUUUGCAUGGUGAGCGUUAUAAAGAAUUUUUGAGUGAGGUUGCAAUAAUGAAACGCCUACGGCAUCCAAAUAUUGGAAUACUUAUCAAGCGGAUUAAAACCUUGACUCUAAUUUGCAGGGGUAGCUUGUAUAGGCUUUUGCGUAAGCCUGGUGUGGGAGAUGUGUUGGAUGAGAGGCGUUGCUUGAGUAUGGCUUAUGACGUGGCAAAGGGAAUGAAUUAUCUUCAUAGACGUAAUCCCCCUAUUGUUCAUAGAGAUUUAAAAUCACCAAACCUAUUGGUUGACAAGAAAUACACGGUGAAGGUUUGUGAUUUUGGGCUUUCUCGUUUGAAGGCAAACACGUUUCUUUCAUCCAAAUCAGCAGCUGGAACUCCCGAGUGGAUGGCUCCAGAAGUUCUCCGUGAUGAGCCAUCAAACGAGAAGUCUGAUGUGUACAGUUUUGGUAUAAUUUUGUGGGAGCUUGCAACACUGCAACUACCAUGGGGCAACUUAAAUCCAGCACAGGUAGUAGCAGCUGUUGGUUUUAAGGGCAAAAGGCUUGAUAUUCCUCGGGAUUUGAAUCCUCAAGUGGCUGCCAUAAUCGAGGAUUGCUGGGCCAAUGAGCCUUGGAAGCGUCCAUCAUUUUCCAGUAUCAUGGAACGGUUGAAGUCGCUGAUUAAUAAGCCUUCUACCCCUCAAACGGGGCACGCUGACAUGCCAUUGCUCACCUGAAUGGUUGGAACUCCUACGAAGUCGUCUUCUUGCACAUAAUACAGCAUUCUUUGACACUAUAUAAGAUGGAGGGACUAUUGCUGUUAGAUAGUCUAAGGUACGCACUUUUACAUGCUUCAGCAUCACUCGCAUACUGUCCUUUGUUGGAUUCUUUUCAAUAAUGAGGUCAUGGUCGGCUUCUUCGUGAGAGAGGUUUUCACAGUCAGCAAAAGCUCGAGGGUGUAUGAUGUUACUGGAUGAAGCUUCAUUGUCUCUCCUAGUCACAUUUACGGUGCUCAUGGGCGCCGACGUAUAUGCAUGCAUAUGCAUAUGCAUACUCUUUUGUUGUUUACAAGAAUUAUGAUGUCAACUGGAAGGACUUGGGAAUAAUAUUAUUUACUUGCAUUC